GUUGGUUUUUUUUUCAAUUCAUUUUGAUGGUUAUGAAUUCCUAUUUUUUCCUAAGUUAGAUUUGGAUUAACUGAAAUCUCUCUCUGAUUGCUUUGCUGUAUCAUAAUAUUCAUGUUGAUGAUUCAGUAAAAACUCCAUAAUAAGGAAUACUUUAUGGAAUGAUUUGAAAAUCCUCUGCCAUAACAUUGAGAACCAGUGUUAUUGGAUGCAACUGCAACACUAAACAGAUGACAUGGUCAUAGAGUAGAAAUGGGGAUUGACUUAUAUGAAGUUGACAUCCGGUCACUCAACCCUAUGAGGUGGCUGACAGAUGCUGUUAUAGAUGUUGUAGCAAGAAGAAUGAAAGAACAAAUCCCCUCAAAGAAUGUGUACAUCUUAGAAACAUUCUUUGCACAGAAAUUGCUUGUCAAAGGAAAGCUCAACCGUAGACCCCUGGACAUGACAGGAUGUAAUUACUUGGGGGUGGAAAAUGUCCUUGCUGCUUUAGAUGUGGAUUUAGAGAAAGGAGCCAUCCUCAUUGUACCAAUCAGUAACAUGGUUCAUUGGUAUUUGGCUGUGUUAUGUGCAGAGUCACGGUCCAUUUACUUUCUCUGUUCCAUGAAUGGACGAUAUGAAAAUGAGGGGGCAUCAUUGAAAGUAUAUUUUGAAAAGGAACUGGAGAAGUGUGGCAUUGUGGACAAAGUUGAGGUGGAGCAUAAAAAAGUUCCACAACAGAGGAAUAGUUUUGACUGUGGGGUAUUUCUCCUUUCCUAUAUCAGAAACAUUCUUCAGAACCAGUCAAUUGCAGAUGUUGAGAAUACCACAAUAUUGAUCAGGAACGAGGUGUCGAAUUUGUGCUUAUCAAAAUAAAGUUAGAAAUUAUAGAAACUACCUAAUGCAAGGCGAAGAUAACGAACAGUGAUCAAUCUCAUAACUCCUACAAGCAAUACAAAAUAGAUAGUUGGGCAAACACGGACCCCUGGACACACGGAUUAUAAAACGUAAACUGACCCAAACCAGGUUAUACUCAUAUAACUUGCCCCAGAAUUAAAGUCAUUCCUUAAAUAGAGUUAUCAUUCAUUUUACAUGGUUUAACUCCUGAUUGCUUAGAUGUUUUUCACUAUGUUCACAAAAUUAGCAGUAGAUCUAACAGAUUAAGAUCUAUUACAAUUACACUUAUGGUAUAAAAUGCCAGAAUUUUAAAAUAUAACCCAACAUUGGAAACCUUAUCAGUAUCUUAGAAUUUUUUUAACAUUGGAAAUGAAAACACAUACAUUUGUUUUUGUUUUCAGUAUUAUGUCUGUAGAUAGGAUAUGUAUGUAACAUAACUUCAUAUACUAAUCAAUAUUAUACCUGUAUAAUACUUCUGUCUAUAUAUGUGUUUUCAGGGGAUAGUGUAAAUUAGUACUAUACAUGUAAUUGUGCUAUUAUGUAUAAAUAAAGGACAUUAUUGUCAUUUUCUAUCUGAAUGCCCUGGUACAAUAUAUGUUAUCUAGUUUUGACAAGUGCAUAGCAAGUAUUUUUAUGUGAAGAGUAAGGGGAAGCCUUAGUUCAAGCAAAAUAGAAUAUGUUCAUUUUGAUUUUAUGAAAUCAUCACUAAGUGGUAGUCUCUUUCAUUUACCAUAUAACAAUGUGUACCUGAUGUUCUCAUCAUGCAUGGACAAUUUUUUUUCAUGUUGAAGGUUUAAUUCUAUGGACUUGUGUCAUUUUGUUUCAAAUUUCGUAACACCAUGUUUACAUUCAGCUAUGAAAUUCUUCUGGUGGCUUGUUAAAAUCCUUUUCUGAAAAACCCAGCUGUAGGUAUUUCUUGAAUUCUGGACAGUCCUAGUUUUAUGUGUUGACUGUGAGCACAUAAGAAUAUUACUAUCUAGCAUAUUGUACAUCACUUAAAAUUACAAUAUUAUUUUAUAAAACUGAUGCACAUUUUGAAUUGAAUAAUCAUGAUAUUGUAUCUUUUCUGCAUCUACUUUGUUUGACCAACCUAAUGUUAAACAGAAUAUACAUGCAUGUAAAUAUGUAUUUCAUGUACCAUUCCAUGGUUUAAUGAGGUAAUAAACUACAUU